AUCUUUAGCAGUUUUAUUUAUGCUCAAGUCUUUGACCACCCUCUGUGAAUUUUUUAUUAGCAUACUACUGACGCACUCACUCAAAGCACUUGCUGAACAGAUGGACUUGUACCCACAGAAUUUGGACUAUCUCAAGGAACUCUAAUUAGGCACUGUCUGAUAACAUACUCAGAAAGUCGUCCUUGGCAGCAUUUUUCAGCCUUCGUGAACAGUAAUCCUCAGAGCGGUCUUGCAUUCAGCAGUCUCUCAUCCAGAGAUGGCGUUCACCUUUGCUGCGUUCUGUUACAUGCUAACACUCGUCCUCUGUGCUUCUCUCAUCUUUUUCGUCAUCUGGCACAUUAUUGCCUUUGAUGAACUUCGAACAGACUUUAAGAACCCUAUUGAACAGGGGAAUCCAUCCAGAGCGAGAGAGAGGGUUAAGAACGUGGAACGGAUUUGCUGCUUGCUCAGAAAGCUGGUAGUACCCGAGUAUUGCAUCCAUGGCCUAUUCUGUCUCAUGUUUAUGUGUGCUGCUGAAUGGGUCACUCUUGGUCUGAAUAUACCACUGCUAUUCUACCACCUUUGGAGGUACUUCCACCGACCUGCAGAUGGCUCAGAAGUUAUGUUUGAUCCAGUCUCCAUAAUGAAUGUGGACAUUCUAAAUUACUGCCAAAAGGAAGCUUGGUGUAAAUUGGCAUUCUACCUGCUGUCCUUCUUUUACUACCUAUACAGGGUGGGGGCCACUGUACGUUAUGUCAACGCGUAGGAUGCUGUGCUUCUGCUGUAUGAUUUACACACUUGUCACUUUUUGAAUUUCGCCUGUUUGACUCGGAAUUAAGGACACAGAGGAAAGAAACUUAGAGAGAUGGAAAUCCUUGCUGAUGGAAAAGUGUUGAAGGACAUCUCUCCCUCCUGAAUGCCUGUUAGUGGAAUAACUCUCUCUAACUCUUCUUUCUACCACAAUUCUUUCACUCCCUCUCUCUCUGCUUUGUUCUGACUCUCCUCUUCCUCUUCCCCUUCUCCUUUAUGCUGACUUUUCUUUAAUUUCUUCUCUUCUUCAGCCCUCCUUUUUUCAUCCUUUCAGAUCCUGUGCCCCUUCUUGUUUAUAGACUGCUGCUGGCUCACAGCUCUUAUUUGUCUGUUUGAAGUCUGUGACUUUAUUUCUUUAGAAAGGUGUGAAUUUUACUGUCAAUAAAAGAUAUAUAUCUAUAUA